AUGGAGGCUCUUCUCCACCAGUCCAAGGGCGUCUGUCCCUUUUUGAAGAAAACCUCGCCUGCGACGUUGCGGUCGCUCUCCACCUCCACCCACCAGUCCCCCGGUGGCGGCACCAUCACCAACCUGCAGUUCAUUGCUCGACGGUGCCCUGUCAUGAACAAGGCUCUGGCUGUGCAGAGCGCCCGCAUGACCUCUCGUCGCAGCUAUGGCAAAGCUACCGCUGGCACCGGCGUGGUCAAGUCCUUGCUCGAGAAGAAAUUGCACACUUCAGCUGAGAAGAAGGCCAAUGUUGCACCCAGCACCAGCCCCAUCCGACCGGUGCAGCAAGCUCCGCCUCUCCAGAAAGUGCAGCCGGCCGUCAAGAAGCCAGACGCUUAUGUUGGUCCAAAGCCCGCAGCCCCGCCCGUGCCUCGCUUCGAUUACGAGGGCUUCUACAACAACGAACUCGAAAAGAAGCACAAGGACAAAUCGUACCGUUACUUCAACAACAUCAAUCGACUGGCCAAGGAGUUUCCUCGUGCCCAUAAGGACUCCAAAGAAGAGCGAGUCACAGUCUGGUGUGCCAAUGAUUACCUGGGCAUGGGGCGCAACAAACAUGUCUUGAAAGCAAUGCAUGAGACCCUCGACAUGUACGGGGCGGGUGCGGGUGGCACCAGAAACAUUUCCGGCCACAAUCAGCAUGCUGUGGCCCUCGAGAAAACUCUGGCCGACCUACAUGGCAAAGAAGGAGCCCUGGUUUUCUCCUCCUGCUACGUAGCGAAUGAUGCUACGUUGGCCACCCUGGGCAGCAAACUGCCCGACUGCGUGAUUUUGAGCGACAGCAUGAAUCAUGCCUCCAUGAUCCAGGGCAUUCGUCACUCCGGUGCCAAAAAGAUGGUCUUCAAGCAUAACGAUCUGGCGGAUCUGGAGGCCAAGUUGGCCAGCCUACCCCCCGAGCAGCCCAAAAUCAUUGCUUUUGAAUCUGUCUACAGCAUGUGCGGCUCAGUUGCUCCGAUUGAAGCCAUUUGUGACCUUGCAGACAAAUAUGGCGCCAUUACCUUCUUGGAUGAAGUCCAUGCUGUUGGCAUGUAUGGACCGAGGGGAGCGGGUGUUGCUGAGCAUCUCGAUUACGAUGUCUAUGCCAACCCCAACAGGACCAAACAAUCGCAAAAAGGCACCGUCAUGGACAGAAUCGACAUCAUUACGGGCACGUUGGGCAAAGCAUACGGCUGCGUUGGCGGUUACAUUGCCGGCUCCGCAAAGUUUGUUGACGCAAUCCGCUCUCUUGCCCCUGGAUUCAUCUUUACAACCAGUCUUCCCCCUGCCACCAUGGCUGGGGCCGCCGCCGCAGUUGAAUACCAAGCCCGCUAUCAGGGAGAUCGACGACUUCAGCAAUUGCACACCCGUGCCUUGAAAGAAGACCUCAACCAGCGUGGCAUUCCUGUCAUCCCCAAUCCCUCGCACAUCGUCCCUAUUCUUGUUGGUGACGCCGAAAUUGCCAAACAGGCGUCUGACUUGUUACUGAGUGAUUACGACAUCUACGUCCAGUCCAUCAAUUACCCAACCGUUCCUCGCGGUGAAGAACGACUCCGCGUCACUCCUACUCCUGGCCACACCGCCGAGUUGAGGGCUGAACUCGUUGAUGCCCUCGAGGACGUGUGGCAGCGUCUAAACAUUAAGCGUGUUGCCGACUGGGAGGCCCAAGGUGGGUUCGUCGGGGUGGGCGUCAAGGAUGCGGCGCCUGUCCAACCCCUGUGGACCGAUGCGCAACUGGCCGAUGCCCAGGCCGUGUCCGAACCAGCAGCUGAUGAGGCUACUCAACAGCGUGUCAUGCCCAUCGCAGCCGCGGCGGCUUGA